UUUUGGGCUGUGGAAAAAACUUGCAGGGUUUAUCAGUCGCCUAGAGUAGAAGGGAGUGGGCAGCAUUGUUUAAAGGGAUUGCAAAAGCAGUGAAUAAUCCUGCUGCUGCUGCUGCUGCUGCUCUCCUCUCCUCCCCAUGCUGAAGGGAGGAAGGGAUCCUGCGAGCAGGAGAGAGGAGGACACUGCCUGCCGGAGGCUGCAACAUCUCAGCAGCAAAGUGUGCUCCAAAGUUCUUGGCCAAGGUCCCCUGGCCUGCCGCUCUCGGUGGGGAAGACCCCCUCCUCGGGAGGGUGUUCGGGACCUCACCCAGCCUCCUCCCCCACGCCCUCUGGGAUUAUAGGUCAUUUUGAACAAGCAACAAAACUAGCGGAUUUCAAAGUGAAAUUCCGGAGGAAAUUUAAAGAGCAUCCGGAUCCGGAGAAAGAGAGAAAGAAAGAGGAAGGGAAAAAUAAAUCAAACGUGGAGAGGAGCUAAGGCGGCCAAAGAGAAGCCCAAGAAGAAAGAAGCUGACACCCAGGCGGAGAUGGGUUUCUUUUGUGGAGAUGCUGCCUCCUUUCUCUCUCUGUCCUUUGUCUCGCUGCUGUGUUCCUCUGCUCCAGCCUUGACAAGGCUCGUGCUUCUCCGCUCUGGCUUCUGAGCUUGUCACACAAGAAAUGAAUCCCUGUGGAAGACAAACCGAAAGGGAGCCUCAGCCCCGCUAGGAGCCCUGAGAAGGAAGCUGCUGGAGGCGAGACGCAUGCUACCUUCGCUGCCUAACAGUCUGUCUAACCAUUGCUAACCAAUGUCAACAGCUAGGGAGCAGCCCAUUUUCAGCACCAGGGCCCACGUGUUCCAGAUCGACCCGGCCACCAAACGGAACUGGAUCCCGGCCAGCAAGCACGCCCUGACCGUCUCCUACUUCUACGAUGCCACACGCAACGUCUACCGCAUCAUCAGCGUGGGCGGCACCAAGGCCAUCAUCAACAGCACCAUCACCCCCAACAUGACCUUCACAAAGACCUCCCAGAAGUUCGGACAAUGGGCAGACAGCCGGGCCAACACAGUGUAUGGGCUGGGCUUCGCUUCAGAGCAGCAUCUCUCCCAGUUCGCAGAGAAGUUCCAGGAGGUGAAGGAAGCCGCCCGUUUGGCGAGGGAGAAGUCGCAGGAUAAAACGGAGCUGACCAAUCCCGCCCUGAACAUCACUUCUCACCAGGUGUUGCCCAGCCCUAUCAUCAGCUCCAAUGGGCCAGGAGAGGAGAAGCUGUUUCGGAGCCAGAGUGCCGACGUCGAGAUGACGACAGAGAAGGAGCGGCUGAAGAAGAUGCUCUCCGAGGGCUCGGUGAGCGAGGUCCAGUGGGAGGCCGAGUUCUUCACCCUCCAGGACAACAACAACAAGCUGGUGGCUGCUCUGCACGAGGCCAACGCCAGUGUGGACCAGUGGAAGAACCAGCUGGCCGCGUACCAGGAGGAGACGGAGACACUGCGGCAGCGGGUGGCUGAGCUGGAGUUGCAGGGAGCUCAGGAUUCCUCCAACGAGAGCAACAAGGAGGACCUGAGCCAGACGCUGGAGGAGCUGGAGCUGCUGAUCAAGUCAAAGGACGAGGAAAUUCAGAUGCUGAAGAGCCAGAAGUGCAGCCGGUGGGAGGCCGAGGGGGAGCGCGAAGAGAUGCUGCAGAAGCUGCAGGAGCUGGAGGCCCGGAACGCAGAGCUGGAGCGACGCCUGCACCUGGCUGAGCAGACGCUGGCCGAGACCCUGGCCGAGAGGGAGAAGAUGCAGAGCGAGGUCACCAAGGCAGCCGAGCUCAUGGACGUCAAGAUAUUCGAGCUCAGCGAGAUCCGGCAGGGACUGGCCAAGCUCCUGGAGAGCAACUGAGGAGCCAGGAGGCCCAUGGGGAAGGCGGGGUCCCCGCCGGGGCCAUCAGACUGCCGUCAGGGGCACAGGGCUGGAGCCAGGCAGGGCCCAUCCACGAGCCACCGCUGCCCGGAGCCAAAACUGGCUUGAGCCACUUGCGCACAGAGCACUGCGGCCGGCGCGUCCCCGCAAGACCAGCCCUAAGGGACAUCCAGGCUCCUCUGGCUCCUGGCACAGCCUGGCCCUCCCUGCGCGGCUCAGUGACUCGGCUGCCCCGGCCCCCCUGGCUCCCGCACUGCACUGCCCACAUUUUUACAGCCCCUUUUCUAGCCAUGGAGAGCCGCCUUUGCGUCUCUCAGUAGUUUUUGUAGGAAAACACUUGCCUCUUGUAGAACGAGCCGCUCGGCCUCCGCUGCCCAGGGAGGAGAUGGCUCGUCUCACCAUGGGCAGCAGCGGGUCCUCCCUUUCCCCACCCUGCCACGUGUUUCAACAGGAUCUGAUCACUUUGGUUCACUAUCUGUGUGCACCGGGGCCUGGGAGCAUGGGUGGGUCAUGGCCUGGCCCCAUCCCUGCUCCGCUGCUCAGGCUCAUCCUCCAGAGGGGUGAGGAGCUGCAGGCUUCACCUCUGUAGCUGAAUUUUAAGGCCACGGGGUUUUCUUCUUACUUUUUAAAGCUGCUUUUUGAAGAUGAGAGCAGUGGCCGUACUGCGGGGAGGGUUGGUGGGGGGAGCAUUUGAGAUGUGGGAUAUCCCCUGGGGAUGCCCAGCAAAUUGCCAGGCUGGCAUCUCGCCAGGCCUGUGAGGGUUGUGAUUAUUUGAAUUAAAUGGAGCAAAUCAUAGUUGCUCUUGUGUGUGGGGAAGAGCAGCCCCGUGUCCAUCAAUGCUGCAGCCUGGGGAGGACACCGGUCGUCUCCCCACCGGGCAGAUAGAUGCAGCUGGGCCAUGGGACGCUGGGGAAGCGUGAGUGCUCGGGGAUGUUGUCCGGGCACCGGGCUCUGACGGGGCUCGAAGCAGCUUGGGGAGCCUCAUGCCUCCUCCCACGGCUGGAAGACCCUGUAGUCUCCUAGUAGCGUGCUUAGUCUUGUGCUGCCGCCCAAGCAGUGUCGAUGUAGGGGGCUGGCAGCCUCCCGGAAGGGGGUGGGGGGGCACUGGGUUUGGAUAUUACUUUUCUCUUUGCUGCGUAGAUCGAGUGUAGACAGAAGUGGUAGCGACGAAGGUUCCUGGGAGCCUGCAGAAGGGGUGAAGAGUCUUCCUAGAGCGCUAGCAAGCAGUAGAGGCCAAAUCGCCUGCGCUCAGAGCGGCGUGACUCUGCAGGCCUGGCCCUCCUCCCAUUCGCGCCAGGAGAGGGGACGUCAGCACCAAGCUGACAGGCAGGAAGGAUCAGGCCCAAGGAACAAGUCCAAGCACGGCGGAGCUGCCCUGGGCUCUGGGAGAGCCUCUGCCUCGGCCAGCGCCCACGUGAGUGAGGGGAGUUUGGCCCAUUACCCUCCAGGAGCUCAGAGCUGCGGUAGGGGUAGGAUCCGCGGUGCUGGGCCUGCAUGUAGGUGGGAAACCACCAAGGUUGUGGGCAUGAGCCUGGCAUCGCACCCAUUUGCUACAGGGCGAUCGGCAGGGGAUGGAGAGUCCCAGGGCACACAUACCCCCCCCGCCAGUGCUCCGGGAACCCCCUUCCCUCCCCUUUGGAAAUAGAGCUCAGCUCCAGGAAAGCUGCCUUCUCUCCGGCUCUCUUUGUGGGGCGUGGGGGCAGCAGGGGCCGCGCGCGUUUUGUCAGCUGCAAACUCCUGGAAGAUGCCGGUUGCUGACGUGUUCAGGGUCCGCUCGGCGCUCUCCGUCUCACCACCCCC